AUGACUGACAAAGAAGAUCACUGGGUGGCUAAAGACUACAUCAAUAACGCGGCAUUCGUGCCCAAACUGACUUCAGUUUUGGUGGACGAUUUUCUACGACCCCAACCCACUGACACAAUUUUGGACAUUGGCUGCGGUGACGGUGCAUUGACCUCUCGCAUUCCUUGCAAUAAAAUUUACGGUGUUGAUUCAUCCGCAUCUUUGCUCGAGGUUGCGCGCACCAACCAUGGCCUUAAUGUCAUGCUACUCGACGGGCGCGACCUGAACGCUAAAAAGGUGGUCUCUGAGUUUAACAAUGGCAUUUUUUUUGAUAAGGUUAUGUCAAAUGCAGCCCUUCAUUGGGUUUUAAAUACACGCGAUCGAGAGAAUGAAGCUGAGGCUAAACUGAAUGCUGGAGCCUCCUCAAGCGAAACGCAACUUUUGGGUGAUACAAUCCGCCAAAACUUUUUCAAUCAGGUUUUUGCUUCUCUCAAAUCUGGCGUCGGCGCUGUGUUUGCAGCAGAAAUGGGAGGAUUGGGUAAUGUGGCUGAGAUUCACACGGCUUUUCUCGCAACUCUUGCACGGUAUGGAAUGACCCCAGCCGAAGCACAGCGUGUUGGUGCAAGCCCGUGGUUUUUUCCGCACGAAGACACGAUUCGCAACCUCUUGGAAAUUGCUGGAUUUGUCGUGGAAAAAAUAGAGCGUGUUUACCGAUCGACCCCACUUCCCCAUGGCAAUAAAGGUCUUUUGGAAUGGAUUAAGCUUUUUGGAUUCAGUUUUGUGGACGCUUUUGAAAAGUUUCAGGAACGCAAAAAUGUUCCGGCGGCUGAACGGGUUUCUUCUGAAAGGUUUCUUCAGGAAGUCUGCGACUUACUUACUACUAUUUGCUACGACCCUCAAGACUCAAAGCAAGCUUAUGCCGGGUACGUGCGUCUUCGGUGGAGAGCAAUUAAGCCAUAA